UCCAGAGGCAUUCACGAGAACACUGGUCUGAAGGGAAAACUAUGAUUAUGGAGUAUGGUAUUUUCCCCUCCAGUUUUGAUCCUACAUGUCGCUUCCACAACACACUUCUGGACCAGCAAAGCCGGCUAUGCAACCACAUCAAGAAACUCCGACAGAUCUCUCAGAGACUCAGUAAUUUGGACAGAUGUUCUCUCAUUGCCCAUCUAACAGGGAAUUCUUUAAGUGCUGCAGGAGCAAUUAUGGCCAUUGUGGGGCUGUCCUUGAGCCCUGCAACUCUAGGAGCCUCUCUCUUGGCUUCUGGGGUGGGCUUAGGAGUGGCAGCCGCAGGAGGGGCUGUUUCCAUGACUUCAGACCUUUCCUUGGUGCUCUGUAACUCCAAGGAGGUGAAAAGAGUAAAAAAGAUUGCACUGACCUGUCACUGCCAGAUGAAGGAAAUGAUGAACAGCUUGGAGUUCCUGCACCGCAGUUGGAGCCCCACCGACCCUCUCUUAUUGCAGGCUGAGAAAAAUGCCUCUAUUGCCCUGUAUAAUUCUGCCUGCUUUGUGGUGUUCUGUGGCCCUCAGGGCUUCCUGGUCCCUGAGCACAUGGAAGAGGCGACAAAAGUGAGCCAUACCCUGCUUAAGGCAAAAAUCCAGAAACUGGCAGAAAACCUAGAAGGCUGCGCAAGACGCAUGGAUGAAAUCUGCAAGCUUUUAGAAAGCAGGAAAGCAUGUGCUUGGAGGACAAAAGGAUUAGUACACUGAUAUGGGAUCAGUGGUCAGAAUGACUCUGCAGUAGCACCAAGUCUUCUUGAAAAACUUCGGUAUAAAACACUAAAUACUGGUACUGUUACUGUGGAUUACAGUUAGGAGUGUAUGUACCCAGGAAUUUCUCCAGGGUUUCCCUACGACUUGCAACUGCCUCAACCCUACACUUGUAUAUCCUACUUCAUUUUGUUUUUUGCUGAUCAACACAACAGGCAGAAAUCACGGUUGCACCAGUUGUAGUCUAUACUUUCAGCACAUUUCAAGGGAAGUGCUUGUCACAUAGGACCAUACUUGAGUUUUCUAAGGAAGAAAAGUUUCCCAAAUGUCUGACUGAAUGAUAGCACAGUAAGCAGAAGUUUCCUUAAUACGUGGAAUUUCAAUUAAUGUUUUACAAUAGCAGGAAAAAAUAGACGGGAAUAAUGUUCAAAGCUCUGAUAGUAAUUGUAUUUGAUACUCAGAAUGCUCAGUUAUGAUAGGGGUCAUGAUGGAACCUGCCAGCAUAGUGCAAAUGUUUGGCAAUUCCAAAACCUGUUGAACUGUGAGAAUGAGACAGAUGAGCAAGGCCUAAAUACACUUGAAUCUUUCCUUAUGAUGUUCUUGUAGCAGAUGGGAAUUUGCCUCGCAAGUGGGGCUAGAACUGAAUUAUUUGUUUUCUUUUGUUUCUUAACUUUACAAUCUUUGCCUCAUUUUCUUCCUUGUCAUACUGUAGCUAUCUUCAUGUACUCUUUUCACACAUACUCAGGAAUGUCAUGUAUUUUUCUAUUUAUUUAUAUGGGGCAAUAUUAUUUAACCCUUUAUUUAAACAAAUAAGAAUACUGUCAACAAAAGAUGGAAUCAGAUAUUCUUCAUUGUAGCUGAGGCAACACCUUUAAAUUGCUUGAAAUAAUUCUUUGUCAACAUUUUCAUUCAAAAGUCAUAAAAAAAAAGGCAGAACAAACUGGGUUGCAAACCAAGAUUUUUUUUCAAAACCCUGUUAGAAUUUCAUCUGAAGAAUUGUUUAGAGAUCAUCUCCCCAUACAUUUAUAUUCAGAAACAUCUUACUGGAAUGUGCAAAAAUAAUGUUAUUUAACUUUAUUUAGGAAAGCCUUUGCAGAUUGAGUCUUUUUUGAUAAAAACUGUUCUAUGCUCACUAAUUUCCAUGUAAAAAAUGAUGUUUCUCUUCAUUUGAACUGAUUCAUCUCCAGUUUUGUAUCUGUAAAAUAUUGCUGAACAGAAGGCUGAGAAGAAAAACUAAACCAAAGAUGGGGGAAGCUCUCCUCAGAGACGUUUUCACAGUGGCAAAGCCAGUUAGCCAAGUCGUUUUAUUUUCUUCCACAAAGGAAAAGGCACGCUGGGAUCAAAAGAUAACUGAGAAGAGUUGAGUUGCUGUUUCGUAAUUGGAUAAUGAACAUGUCCCACGAUCCUAUUAUGUCUGAAAUUCAUUUAACACACAAGAAAUUGUAAGAUUCAGCUGCCUUGAUGGAACAACUAAGAAUAACUUGGGAAUGAUUUGUGCACAUGCUAUAGGACUUCUCCCUCACACUUCUAUAAGCAUUCAUGCAAAUAAGUAAUUUCAUAGUAAUAGGUUCCCAAAUCUGGACAACAGAUAGGGUCAUCUGAAGAUUUGCAGCCCAGAUCUGGUAUACUACUGUUACUACUAUUACUAUUACUACUACUACUACUAAUAAUAAUAAUAAUAAUACAAAAAAUAUAUCCCUGCAACUGGAUGUCAGUGCUGUGAACUCUUUUUCAUGAGCUACUGGAAAUUAUUCCAUGGGGAUAAUUCCCUGAUAAAUUGGGGACCAAAUUCCCUAAAAAAAUGGAUGAGAAAAGAGGCAAAAAUGACCACAGGUGUGUUACAAGAAUGUGAGAAGAAUGAGGAAAUGUUUUGAGGUAUAUGUGUAAGCUUAGUUCUCACCCAGAUGGUGAGUACUGAGCUAUACCACUUUACAGAGCAGGUCUAGGUUUUAUAUGAUUGAAUGAUCUCUCCUGUCUUCACAAAUAAUAGCAAAAGCUCUCAACAUGACAAAGUUGCCCUAAAAUGCCUACCUUAUUUAGGCAGGGAUUUUACUUUCCUAUUGGGGGCAUUCAGUCAUAUGUGUCCAGUGAUACAGCUCUGGCUUAUCAAUAGUGAGAACUAAGCCAUAAGGCUGUCAAACCUGAAGAUGAUGUGAUGUUUUUCAUUUCUUCAUGUAUUAGUAAGGGGUGGGAGGAACCUGAGGUUCUCAAGUUCCUAAAGCGAUGGCAACGAAGGAAUUUAAAUGUAUGAGAGCCUAAGAAUGUGGGUAUAAGGAGUGUUUUGUAGAGACGGUAUAGCAAAUCUGACAUAUUCUUUGCCUUUUUGUUCUUUGUAGGAGAGGAAAAUGUGACCAUUAUGAUCUCUGGGUUAUCACAGGCAUUUAUAAAAUCAAGGAAUAUACUCCACAGAAUCCUAAGGCAAUAAAAAAUACAAAACAA